AUGUCGACGCUGAGCUACUACGCGGACGCCGGUGUGGUCCCCGAGCUGCAAGAGGACGUGCCGGCGAGGUUCUCAUCAGCUGCAGGGGUGGAGCAGGCGAUGCUCGCCGAAUAUGGCGGACAGGAAGCUUGCCCUUUGCAGAAAUCGCCCAUUUUCGGCGCCUCUUGGGGUCCCAUCGCGGCGCACCCACCCAACACGAGCACCCCGACUUACAUCCAUCACCACUACACCGGCAGUGGGGAUAGCGACGGCAUGUUCGCGCGCUCCUGGGCCCUGGAGCCCGUGUCGGCGCCCCUGUGCCUGACCGGACUGCCGUCGACGGCCGCCAUGCAUUACGAGAUCAAACCGGAGCCCCUUAUUGGGAGUGGCGAGUGCACAACUUUGGAGACGCACACCCCUCUUUUGUCCGACGCCGAGAGUGCCGCGGCCCUGCAGGCGGAGGUCCCCUGCGAGAGCACAUCCACGUCCAAGCCGCCCGUUGAAAGCCCUUCGUCCGGCGAAAGGAGGGACAUGGAUGCCAGCAACCCGUCGUCCAACUGGCUCCACGCGAAGCCUACUAGAAAGAAGCGCUGCCCCUACACAAAGCACCAAAUCCUGGAACUGGAGAAGGAGUUUCUGUACAACAUGUACCUUCCGCGGGACCGCAGAUACGAGGUGGCUAGAUUGCUCAAUUGCUGA